AUGGCUUCAUCAAUUGAAAUAGAUUUGGGAGAAAAGAUUUACAGGGCAAGAAAGAAAUUAGAACAUAAAUCUCAACAAAAGGAGGUUCUUCUAAGUACUUUGGAGGAGGUAGAGGCUUUUUUAUGCAAGGUUGGACAAGAUCCGUCCCAAACAAUGCAACUUGCUAUAGCUCCAUUGGUGUGUUCUUUGAUUAAGCCACGACUUAUGAGACAUCGUGAUGAGGUGAUAAAACUUGCAACUAUCUCAUGCAUUGGUGAAAUUAUGAGGAUAGCAGCCCCUAAUGAUCCUUAUGACAGCCAUAUUAUGAAAGAAGUACUUCAAAUGAUGGCGGAAAGCUUUGAAGGUUUGGAUGACAUCAAGAACCCUUAUUUUUCUAAGAGGGUAAAACUACUUGAAAUAUUUGCAAAGUUCAGAUUUGAAAACAUUAUGAUAGCCAUGGAUUGUGUAGAUAUCAUUCGCAAGAUGUUUCAUAUAUUUUGGAGGGUUGUUGAUGAGGUUCAUCCUAAUAGCAUGAUUACUUCUAUGCAAUCCAUCAUAUUUUCAGUUUUGUAUGGAGGGGAUGAUGCAAUUUCUAAACUCAUGUCAAAUGACUUGUGGGUUGUUUGGAACGGUGAGAAAGAUGUGUCACCCAUGGCACAUGAAUUGUUAAGGAGAUUGGUGGAACAACAUAAGGAUAGAGAUACCUCACCUAUGAUAUGCAGAAAUUUAUAUGAUAACUUUGUUAGGCAUGUUGUUAUAACUCAAGAGGAUAUGAGGACAGCCUUGGGGAAUGAGUUGUCUACAUCAUCUUUGCAAGAAGUUACACUUGAGACUUCUACAUUAGAGGCUAGCAUAGAGCAUAUUAAUGAUAUGAGUAGCAAUGGUAUGGAUUCAUUGGAUGAUCAUAUUGCUUCUUCACCUUCACAUGAUGAAAAAUCAGACUAUGGCAGCCAAGGACAGUUGGAACAAAGGCCCUUGAUUUAG